AUGACUGGGUAUGUCAAUAAUGAUCAGUUAUUGAUACACUGUUUUCAGGAUAGCCUCGCGGGGGCAGCGUCUAAAUGGUAUAAUCAAUUAAGUCGUGCUAAGAUUAGCUCCUGGAGGGAUUUAGCACAGGCUUUUAUGAGGCAGUAUGGGCAUGUGGCGGAAAUGGUUCAUGAUAGGAUCACUUUACAGAACAUGGAGAAAAAGUCGAAUGAAGGUUUUAGACAAUACGCUCAGAGGUGGAGGGAGGUGGCAGUGCAGGUCCAACCACCGCUCCUUGAAAGAGAAAUGACGAUGCUUUUUGUUAAUACACUGAAGGCCCCUUUCAUCACACACAUGUUAGGAAGUGCCACGAAAAACUUUGUUGACAUUGUCAUGAGUGGUGAAAUGAUUGAAAAUGCUGUAAAGAGUGGGAAGAUUGAUGUUGGAGAGAACAAUAGAAGGCAAAACUCAAAGAAAAAGGAAGGUGAGGUAAACAACGUGAAUACAUAUAGCAAAUCGAUUACGGUGAAUCAGCCCAGAAAGGUAGUGUCUAGUCAGCAGGGUUCAUCAAAACAGGAAUCUGGUGCGAGGCCUAAUACUGAGAAGCCACAGUUCACACCUAUUCCUAUGUCAUAUAAAGAGUUGUAUCAGAAUUUAUUCAACGCGCACGUUGUUACCCCAUUCUAUUUAACCCCUUUACAGCCUUCAUAUCCUAAAUGGUAUGACGCAAAUGCACAAUGUGAUUACCAUGCAGGAGUUACGCGGCACUCCAUAGAGUAUUGUACUGCUUUUAAAAAGCUUGUUGAGAAGCUCAUCACGAUGGGCGUUGUCAAGAUAGAUGAUUCAUCAGGUACGGAAAAUCUCUUACCCAAUCAUACUGAUGCUAGGGUAAACAUGGUGGGUGAAAGUACAGGGAAGAAGGUCAAGGAGAAUAUUGCUGAGGUAAGGAUCCCUUUGAGGAAGGUUUGGAGGGAAAUGGUAAGAAGAGGCUUGAUUGUUUCGGAUGUGGUGGAGGGUGAUAAGACCCAAAAUUAUUGUGAGUUCCAUCAUGAGGUGGGACAUGAAAUUCAGGGAUGUGAGAAGUUCAGAGCUCUGAUCCAGAGCAUGAUGGAUAAUGGAGAAAUGGAGUUUUUUGAAGAAGAAAGAAAAGAAAAUAUAUGCGCAUCGGAGUCAGAGAUGAGGAUUCCGAAGAUAAUCAUCUCGCGCCCUAGGGUUACUGACGUUAGGGCACAAAUGACACCAAAGAUUGUUAUUCAAAAGCCGGCGAAAUUUUUGUAUAAGGAUAACAAGAAGGUCCCCUGGAAUUAUGAAUGCGAGGUAACGGUUUCAGGGAAAGAAGUUUCAAUUAGUGUUGAGAAAGAAAACCAAAAGACAGGUUCUUAUACGAAUACCGGAGAGUACUGUGGUCGGAUAAAUGCUGAAAUAGAAUCGGUAGAGAGAAGAAGAGUGGUAGAGCAGCUGCAUAAGCAACGAGCUCGUAUAUCUGUGUUAGCUUUUCUCAUGAAUUCAGAGGUACAUCGAAAUGCGCUGAUGAAGACGUUAAAUGAAGCAUACGUGGCAAGUGAUAUUUUUGUCAACCAAUUGGAUCGGUUGGUCAACAAUAUAAGCGCUGAUAAUUUUAUCUUCUUUAAUGAUGACGAGAUACCAUCUGGAGGUAUGGGGUCCACUAAAGCUCUGCACAUUACUGCUCGGUGUAAAGGAAGCAUGGUGUCGGGAGUUUUAAUUGAUAAUAGGUCUACAUUGAAUGUACUGCCUUUAUCUACUCUUAAUAGGCUACCUGUGGAUAGCUCACAUAUGAAAACAUGUCAAAACAUGGUAAGAGCAUUCGAUGGAACGAAAAGGAAGGUUUUGGAGAGAAUUGAGAUACCGUUGCUGAUUGGCCCAAAUACUUAUGAAGUAGAUUUCAUUGUAAUGGAUAUCAAGCCUUCAUAUAACUAUUUAUUUGGGAGACCUUGGAUACAUUCGGCAGGGGCUGUGCCUUCAUCGCUACAUCAGAAGUUAAAAUUAGUGUCAGAGGGACGGUUGGUGACAAUAAAUGCUGAUGAGAGUAUUAUCGCAUCAAUAACUAGUAAUGCACCAUACGUGGAGACCGAUGAGGAGGCGAUGGAAUGCUCUUUCUGA